AUGGACGAAACUUCGGGAUUGAUCAUUGACCUCGCAAAGGACCAACGUUUGGAAGCGUACCUUGUCCUAUCCAGUGCGGUUAUAUUGGUCUAUGACUAUAUCAUCACCUUCGAUCUGGAAGUCUCUUUGAUUUGGUUCUGUCACUCCGGCUGGAGUUGGACCUCAGCGCUCUUCAUGCUAAACCGCUACCUCCCAUUCGUUGACACAGUCAAUGGCCUUUGGCACGAUUUCGUGCCCGAUAUCACUCAUGACGCCUGUAGGCUCUCUUUCCAAGCGACAGGCUGGUUAUACGUCGUCGGCAUUUCCAUCACAGAAAUUAUCCUGACGAUUCGUACCUGGGCAAUAUGGUACAGGGAUCCCAAACUUGCGGUGGUUCUACUAGUCUUUAUCGCCGUUGUUUGGGGUCCAACCUUUGCUGUCAUGAUUGCCUUCACAAAGUCCUUCGAAUUUGGCCCCGCCCCUUUCCCUGGUUUCGUCGGCUGCAAUCUUGUGGCUGCCAAUCAAAUAUUACUCGUUUCCUGGGUGCUGCUUAUAGUUUACGAAGCCGGUAUUCUGAUAUUAAUGACGUAUCGCGGAUAUGUUGGCUGGCGCAGUGGUGGUGGCAAUACGGCUUUAUUUACUGCCAUUUAUCGAGACGGCCUCCUCUAUUAUUUGUAUCUAUUCGUCCUCUCCCUCGUUAACAUUAUUGUCAUAAAGGUGUUUCCGAAAUACAUCAUCCUUCUCGCGGCGCUCGAGCGCGUGGUCCACUCCGUCUUGGCCAGUCGUGUGAUCCUCCAUAUCCGCGACCUAGCCACUCGCAAUCCAUCAAGUUCGGGGGAACUGUCGAACAUCGAAGUUAGCAGCACCGAGGUAAGGCUGCAUCCGAUUCGAUUUCGUCGGUUUUCUCAUACCAUGAGUGAAUCCACCCGCGAAUCGUACAAUCCAAAUGUCGAGUAA